AUGGUCGCGGCAUCGUAUGCCACCAACGGUGGCCUCUCUUCGGGCCGUCGAAUGCCCAGCUCGCCCGCAGCCGAGCGCUACCGCGGGGGCGACGGCGGCUGCGACGAGGGCGACGACGCCCUGGACCCGGGACCGCCCCAGGAGCAGGGCAAGGCGAGCCUCGUAUCCUGCAUCAGCAACCUCACCAACACCAUCAUCGGCACCGGCAUGCUGGCGACGCCCGGGGCGUUCCGCUACACCGGCCUCCUCCUCGGCAUGGGGCUGAUAUGCUUUUGCGGCUUUACCGCUGCAUUCGGCCUCUACCUCCUGACGCGGUGCGCCGCCAAGGUGGGCGGCCGUCGCAACAGCUUCUUCAGCAUCGCCAGCCAGACGCUGCCCGGAGGCGCGUGGUGGUUUGACCUGGCCAUCGCCCUCAAAUGCUACGGCGUCUCGAUCUCCUACCUCAUCAUCUGCGGCCAGCUGAUGCCCCAGAUCAUCAUCAGCUUCUUCAAGGCGUUCCACCGCGACGUCCACCAGAUCCCCACCCUCCUCCUCGACCGCUCCUUUUGGAUCUUUGUGCUAAUGGUCAUGCUCAUCCCGCUGUGCUUCCUGCGCCGCCUCGACUCGCUCCGGCACACCAGCUACCUCAGCCUGCUCGCCGUCUUCUACCUGGUCAUCAUCGUCAUCCACUACAGCCUCUCGUCCGACGCCCGCGCCACGCUGCCGCCUGCGGGCGAGGUCCACCUGAUCACCGUCUCGUACCACACCAUCAGCAUCUUCCCCGUCUUUGUCUUUGCAUUCACCUGCGCCCAGAACAUGCUCUCGGUCUACAACGAGCUGUUUGAGAACAGCGAGGCGCGCGUCAACACCGCCAUCGCCGCCUCGAUUGGCACCGGCGGCUUCGUCUACCAGAUCGUCGGCGUGCUGGGGUACCUCGCCUUUGGCUCCAACGUCGGCGACAACAUCAUCACCAUGUACCCGAGCACCAGCCUCUUUGUCUGCUUUGGCCGCGUCUCGAUCGUCGUGCUGACCGUCUUCAGCUACCCGCUGCAGAUCCAUCCUUGCCGAGCGUCGCUGGACAAGGUGCUCUCGCGCUCGUCGCGCAGGCAGGUCCUGUCGGACGCCGCCAGCGCCUCGCUGCUCGCCCAGCCGUCGGUGCCGGCCGAGCCCUACCGCGACGAUGUCGACGACGAGGCCGGAACGAACCCGAGGCUUCAGCCGCGGCAUACCGUGGGCCCCAACCACCGCAACUUUUCCGCCAUCUCGAGGAUGUCGGUCUACGAGGAGGAGACGCCGCUGUGGAAGUGGUGCGCCAUGACGGCCGGCAUCCUCAGCACGACGUUUGUCAUCAGCCUGCUGGUCGACGACCUCUCCAUCAUCCUCGGCUUUGUCGGCUCGGUGGGCUCGACGACCAUCAGCUUCAUCCUGCCCGGCAUCCUCUACUCGUCGCUGUUUGCCGACGAGCCCAACAGCCGGAUGCGAAGGGGCGCCCAGACGCUGGCCGCAUGGGGCUGCUUCGUCCUCGUGGUCGCGCUCUCGGCCAACAUCCACAAGCUCGUCCAGGCGCCCGUGCCGGCCUCGGUGCUGCUCAAGCCGUCGGGUGCAGCGCGAUGA